AUGGAUUUUGCUUUACCCACCACGGCCUCCCAAGCGAGUGCUUUUAUGAACAAUUCUUCUUUAGCGUUCCCUGUUUUACCAGCUAAUAAUAAUAACAACGAGACGGUUGAUGACACGGCAGAUUCCGGUGAGGCAGAAGUAGCGAAGACUGAAGGUGUUUCUGGAAUUGUUCCAACCCUUCAGAACAUUGUUGCUACUGUUAACUUAGACUGUCGUCUUGAUCUCAAAACUAUUGCCCUUCAUGCACGUAAUGCAGAAUAUAAUCCUAAGCGUUUCGCAGCUGUUAUUAUGCGUAUUCGUGAGCCCAAGUCGACUGCUUUGAUCUUUGCUUCAGGUAAAAUGGUUGUUUUAGGUGGUAAAUCCGAAGAUGACUCUAAAUUGGCAUCUCGGAAAUACGCUCGUAUCAUUCAAAAGCUCGGGUUCAACGCCAAAUUUACCGACUUUAAGAUUCAAAAUAUUGUUGGCAGUUGUGAUGUGAAGUUUCCAAUCCGUUUAGAAGGCUUGGCAUAUUCUCACGGAACUUUCUCAUCUUAUGAGCCUGAAUUGUUUCCUGGUCUGAUUUAUCGUAUGGUUAAGCCCAAAGUGGUUUUACUGAUUUUCGUAUCCGGUAAAAUCGUCUUAACGGGUGCCAAGGUACGAGAGGAAAUUUACCAAGCUUUUGAAGCUAUCUACCCUGUAUUAUCGGAAUUCCGCAAGCACUAA